AUGACUGUAAAUGCCGAAAAGAGUAAUGGAGGACUUAAUUGGUUUGUAACGGGUUUAUUUAUUGUAGCACAAUUAGCUGGAGGAGGUAUUGUUGCUUUGCCGACAGCUGUGAUUCAAUCUGCAAUGGCUUGCUCUACAUCCAUAAUGCUUGGAAAGUGCUGGUUAAUUUUACAAAGACGUUGGCCUGUUAUUUAUAAAGAUACUCAUUGCCGAGAACCUUAUCCAGAAAUUUGUAUGAGGGCUUUAGGCCCUCGUUUUAAGUGGGCAGCUGUUUUAUCAGCUGGGACAACAACAAUAGCCGUUAUUUUAAUUUGUUUUGGAACUUUAAUGGAUUCUUCUGUUUGUGCCCAAAUUUCUGUAGGAAUGCCACCAAAUAAUAAAUUUAGUAAUUACUUUCUUGCCCUUGGAACUUUUCUUUUUUCUUAUGGAGGGCAUCCUGGCUUUCCAACAAUUCAACAUGACAUGAAAAAACCUAAAGAAUUUACUAAAGCAUCAAUUAUAGCAUUUUUAAUUUUAUCAAUGCUUUAUUUGCCUGUUUGUAUUUUGGGAUAUGUUGUCUAUGGAAAUAGUUUACGCGAAUCUAUUAUGAAUUCAAUACAAAAUGUUUGGAUUCAGCAUACAGCCAGUUUUUUAAUUACUGGACAUGCAAUAUUUUCUAUAAUUAUUGUAAUUAAUCCAAUUAACCAAAUUGCCGAAAAGAAAUUCUUUGUACCACAAGAAUUUGGCCCUUUUCGAAUUAUUGUUCGCGGAAUUGUUCUUUUUUUGGUUGUUUUAGUUGCUGAAUCAAUUCCGACAUUUGGGCCUCUACUCGAUUUAAGUGGAGGUUCUACACAAACAUCUACAGUUUUAAUAUAUCCCUGUAUUUGUUAUUUAUUUUUGAAUGCUUCUGAACAAAAAUAUAAAUUGAAAGAAACUAACAAAAAUAUUAAAAUUAAAUUUAAUGUAUGCAAUAAUUUUUUUAAUUUUAUGGUUAGUAUAAUGUAA